AUGUCGUACGGACAAUUAUCGGUUACUAUUGUCGAAGCAAAGAAUCUAAAGGAAACCGAUUUUUUUGACAAAGCGGAUCCUUACGUGAUUUUGUCUGUGGAUAAUAAACAUAAUAAAAAACGGACCAAAACGAAACAAAAUGCUGGUAAAAAUGCAAUGUGGAAUGAGACAUUUUCAUUCGAAAUUGUAGAAGGUCGAAAUGAAUUGCUUAUGGAAGUUUUUGACGAAGAUAUUGGAACCGAUGAUUUAAUAGGAGGGGCGAUUAUCGAUUUGCGACCAGUGUAUGCAUCUGGUUUCUUUGAUCAAUGGGUUUCACUUAGACGUAAAAGUGGAAAACAUGCUGGUGAAGUUCGUGUUGUAAUGAAAUUUACUCCUCAGGGCUCAACAACAGGACAAAUGCCUUAUCCUGCUCAAACACCUUAUCCUGCGCAAACACCGGGCGGUGCUUACGGUGGAUACCCACAAUCUCCUCCACAAACCGGGUACGGAGUACCCACACCAAACCCACAACCGCCUUUUCCACAAAACUCUGCUUUUCAAGGAUUGGGACCACAGGGAGGUGCGAUUCCACCUUCAUAUGGCGGUGGUAAUCCACCACCAGUUACGCCAACUACAGCCCCUGGCUAUACUGCUGCUUAUCCAAACAGCAACGUUGGUGGAUUCUCUGAUGCCAGUGUUUAUGGUGGUGCCCCGUCUUACGAUAAACAAUAUAAUGCUUCACCAGUCCCACAAUAUGGUGCACCAGCUGUUCCGCAAUAUGGUGCACCAGCGGUUUCGCAAUAUGGUGCACCCGCUGUUCCACAUUAUGAUGCAUCAGCGGCUUCAAAAUACGGAGGUGCACCUACUCCUCUAUACGGUGAACAUGAGGCGAAAACUAAACCAGAAGGUCCAUCGUGGGCGGCGACGGCUGGUAUCGCUGCAGGUGCUGCUGCGUUAGGAUUCAUGGGUGGAAAAUUGUAUGAGGAACACAAGGAACACAAGGAACACAAACACAAAGUCAAGAAAGACAAAAAACACAAAAAGCAUCAUCGUGGUGAAGUAUAG